AUGGGCCCAAACGUGGGCAACGGCGUGGGCGGGAUGGAGAUGGGCAUGGGCAUGGGCAUGCAUCCAAAUGGACCGAAUCAACCCCAGGCGACCGAGUAUACACUGCAAGGCGUUAUGCGGUUCUUGCAGACGGAGUGGCAUCGGCAUGAGCGAGAGAGGAACGCCUGGGAGAUCGAGAAGCAGGAGAUGCGAGGGAGGAUAGCUAGCCUCGAGGGGCAGGCACGGAGGGCAGAUGCCACGCAAAAGGCUCUCAGGAAAUACGUCACUAUUCUGGAACGAAAAGUCAAGGACCAAGCGUCACAGCUCAAGGGCACCUCGGCGGCUGAGGCUGCUGAGGCGGCUAAGAAUGAUCGUGCGGCCAAAAUUCAGGAGAAGCUUCGAGCUGCGUCGAACAAGUACAGCCCACCUGGCGUUGAGGGAAUCGAAGUCGAAAAAACGGAUGACGACACACAGAGGAACGAGCUCAAGACCUUCUUGGACCAAUGCCAAUCCGAGUUUAUGUAUUUGAUGAUCACGCCAGCCAAUCCGCAACCACCUCGCGACUCACCACCGCUUCCCAUGAUUGAGGAUCUACGCGAAGUUGAGCAAUAUGGAAUGCCCCCGCCUCAGCACAUGGACCGACAGUAUCAAAUGCAACGACAAAAUGCGAACCACGUCCAAGAUUUCAAUGUUAUGAACCCGAGACAGCAACCUCCGCAGAAUCCUAUACCCCAGAUGCAGCAGCCGCCGUCCAAUUUGGGACCAAAGCAGGAGUUGCAACCUCAACCGAUGCUUCGAUCCGCGGGAGACAACCAGCAGGGAAUGUACGGACCGCCGAGCGACUGGUCGGGCCCUGUGUCUGUGACAACUCGCCCCAUCGAAGAAAAUAUGCCAGGCCCUAACCACGCCGCCGAGGCUUUGGGUGGCAUGCAAGAUGCAGGAGAGUCGAGAGACAAGAUUCCGGCAAACAUUGACCCAGAUGGCUGGGACUUCCCCGAGGGUACCUUUCCAGAACCGGGUGCUGCUCAACAGAACCUUCAAUCUGUCACGAACCGGCCCGACACAGACGUAUUCCCAAACGCCGAUUAUCUGCCCAAAUCCCCUAAUCGAGUUCCGAGCGGUGGACAUCGAAGAAAGAGCUCCAUGUCUAGGAGACGCAGCGGGGAGCACGAUCUGGGGUUGGGAGCCAGCCAAAAGUCCGACAGUGGCAACUUUAAGCUGCGCUUUGGAUUGCGGGGACACCUCGACACGGUUCGCACGGUUAUCUUUUCGGGUGGUGGCAGCCCCGGAGAGCCUGAGAUUUGCACCGCCGGCGACGACGGUAUGGUUAAACGGUUCCACAUUCCCAGGCUGGACAACCACGCUGGUUCGUUUGGCGGACCGGCUUCCGACCUGGACGUUAUUGCAAACUUCACACACCGCGGUCGCUCUGGCUCAGUAUUGAGCUUGACAUCAUGGUCGCCUGCUCCCAACUUUUCCACGGGAGGACGAGCGCAAGGCGACGGGUGGAUCUUUUCUGGUGGGCAAGAUGCGACUAUCCGCGUGUGGGAGCGUGGGCGAGUCGAUCCCAAGGCAACUCUCGAGGGCCACACCGAUGCUGUAUGGGCCCUUUGCGUACUACCUACUACUCUAGGUGCAAUUUUCGGUACCUCAAGCCCGUACGGUAGCGCAGACCGCAUCUUGCUUGUUUCUGGAGCCGCUGAUGGAUCAGCUCGAGUGUGGUCAGUGAGUGCUCCUCCGCAGCUAAGUUCGCCGCAGCCAGGAUCAAAUCGGGGUAUGAGCGGGCGCGGCGGCAGAGUUCGCGGCAACUCGAUGAGCUCUGGCAGCGGCUUCUCCAACUCGCCUCAAGCCAGUGUUGCAUCCAACUCUCCAUUCAACCAUACGCUUGUGCAUGUCAUCUCACGAGCAGAUGGAUCCAAGGCCAGUCCCACUAGCAUCACGCCACUGGGUCCUUCUGGGGAAACGUUUAUUGUUUCCUACUCGGACGCUGCCGUUAUUGUAUACGACACCAAAUCCGGCGAGCAGGUUGGGUCGAUGGACAGCAUGGAGACGUACGAUGGCUCAAUCAAGACGGGCGUCAAUGCCAUUGUCGCCACUACCAUUGGUUUGGAUCAGGCCAACCAGCACCAUGGCAACAGUCUGGGUGGCGAGGAGGAGAAUGCGGCUGGCGGUCCAACCGGGGGACGGUCAAUGGCUGGCUCUGGCGUUGAGGGUACAAUUAUCUCGGGGCACGAAGAUCGAUUUGUGCGAUUCUUCGAUGCCAACAGCGGCCAAUGUACCUACAACAUGCUGGCGCACCCGGACGCCAUCUCCAGCCUGUCACUCAGCCCCGACGGCCGCGAGCUCGUAAGCGCCGGGCACGAUGCGUCGUUGCGGUUCUGGAGCCUGGAAAAGAGAUCAUGUACACAAGAGAUUACGAGCCACCGAGUGAUGCGCGGAGAGGGCAUUUGCUCAUGUGUUUGGAGCCAGGACGGACGGUGGGUAGUGAGCGGCGGUGGCGACGGAGUGGUCAAGGUAUUUGCACGGUAG